AUGGCAGAACCUGUUGGAACCAACAUAUUCCAAUUUCAUAAAUCAGAGGGACAACACAUUUUAAAGAAUCCAAUGAUUGCACAACAAAUAGUUGAUGCAGCUGAAUUAAGAAGAACAGAUGUUGUAUUAGAAAUUGGACCAGGAACAGGAAAUUUAACAAUGAAAAUGCUUCCGUUUUGUAAAAAAUUAAUUGCAAUUGAAAUUGAUCCACGUAUGGCAGCUGAAUUAAAGAAGAGAGUUUCAGUUACUGAUUAUGUAAAAAAAUUAGAAAUUAUUCAAGGAGAUUUCUUAAAAGUUGAACUACCAUAUUUUGAUGUGUGUGUAUCAAAUACACCUUAUUCUAUUUCAAGUCCAUUAGUAUUUAAAUUACUUAAUCAUAGACCACAAUUUAGAUCAGCUGUACUAAUGUUUCAAAGAGAAUUUGCUAUGCGGUUGGUGGCUAAACCAGGUGAUCCAUUAUAUUGUAGAUUAUCAGUUAACACUCAACUUCUUGCAGAUGUAUUUCAUGUGAUGAAAGUUGGAAGAAACAAUUUUAAACCACCACCUAAAGUUGAGUCAAGUGUUGUUAGAAUGAUUCCAGUUAAACCAGCACCACCCCUAAAUUUAGUAGAAUUUGAUGGGUUCUUAAGAAUUUGUUUCUUAAGAAAGCAUAAAACAUUAAGUAGUUUAUUUAGAAUAAGUUCUGUUCUUGAAGUAAUGGAAAAGAAUUUAAGAAUUAUUGCAAAAAUUCGUAAUAUUCCAAUUGAUGAAAACCUUGAUGUUAAAGCAGAUGUUCUUCAAAUACUUGAAGAAAGUGGAAGAGCAAAAUCACGAGCAGCUCAAUUAACGUUAGAUGAUUUCUUAGAAUUAAUAUAUGCUUUUAUGAAGAAAAAUUAUCAUUUCUGUUAA